CCCCCCCUCUCCGAUCGCCCCCAUGCGGCGCUGAGCGGCGGCGGCGGCCCCGGGAGCGGCCCCGGCAGCUGGGGGGGGGGAACCCGGACAGGGCGGCAGCAGCAGCCCCGGGGGGGGUGGCGGUGGAGGCGGCGGAGGAGCCAUGGAGGGCAUGGACGUGGACCUGGACGCGGAGCUGAUGCAGAAGUUCAGCUGCCUGGGCACCACCGACAAGGACGUGCUCAUCGGCGAGUUCCAGCGGCUGCUCGGCUUCCAGCUCAGCCCCGCCGGCUGCGCCUUCUUCCUCGACAUGACCAACUGGAACCUACAAGCCGCCAUCGGAGCCUAUUAUGACUUUGAGAGCCCAAAUAUCAAUGUACCCUCCAUGUCCUUUGUUGAAGAUGUCACCAUCGGGGAAGGGGAGUCCAUCCCUCCUGACACCCAGUUUACAAAAACAUGGAGGAUACAGAACACAGGGACGGAGGCCUGGCCCCCAGGGGUUUGUCUGAAGUAUGUUGGGGGAGACCAGUUUGGCCACGUAAACAUGGUGAUGGUCAGGUCCCUGGAGCCCCAGGAGAUUGCAGACGUCAGUGUUCAGAUGUGCAGCCCCAGCACAGCAGGAAUGUAUCAGGGACAGUGGCGAAUGUGCACUGCCACAGGACUCUAUUACGGAGAUGUCAUCUGGGUGAUCCUCAGCGUGGAAGUUGGAGGACUUCUAGGAGUAACACAGCAGCUGUCAUCCUUUGAAACAGAGUUCAACACGCAACCGCAUCGCAAGGUAGAAGGAAACUUUAACCCGUUCGCCUCUCCGCAGAAGAACAGGCAACCAGAUGAAAACAACCUAAAAGACCCUGGGGGUUCCGAGCUAGGCACAAUCAGCAAAAACACGUGGGGGCCUGCUCCUGACCAAAUCGAACAAGAUCAGAAUGGACUGUCACAAAACUCUGUAAAUCUCUCCCCCAGCAGUCACUCGAACAACUUGUCGGUAGUGACAUACAGUAAGGGUUUCCACGGUCCUUAUCCCUUCGGACAGUCUUAAAACACAAACACACAAAACGGGUAUCGGCAAGAGGAGAAUUUAAAGAACUGACUUUUGGGGGAAGGGAGGGGGAUCCACGUGGCAGACAGACACAGCGUGGACCCCCCUUUUCUGCCUCCAUGUUCUGGAUAAAGAAGAAAAUAAGACAAAAGCCCAGUAACUUAAGACUAGCUGUUUCCAGAGGAAAAAUCUAAGUAUGCAUGUGUGAAUGCUGAAUUUCAGGAGUGGUGUUUAAUGCUAUGAGAAAGAAUAUACCAACGCCAUGGAUUUUUUUUUUAGAAGUCAUUCUCACAAUUAGGUAGCUUAAAAAGAAGAUUUAAAAAUGAAAAUGAAAAAAGCCAUCUUUAAAAAAAUAUUUUGCCUACAGAGCGGUUGUAGUUUGAGCAAAUGUUUAAUUUCUGUUUGUUUCCUGUUCAUAUUUUUUUUAAAUAAGGGACAGCGUGCAUUUUUAUGGAACUGUCAUGUUUUGCUUGUUACCGAAUGGGAAUUUGCUUAGCAUCUUCUGGGUUUUGUGCGGUGACUUGUUUUUGUUGGAUGUGUUUUAAUGACAGGUUGGGUCUGCACCCAGCUCUGCAUUUUUAAUAUCACCUUCUGUUUAUAGUUACCAACUUUUUAAUCUUAAUUCUUCUUUUUUUUUUCCCCCCCUUUUGGUUUGGGUGUUGCUAUUAGUUGUCCUGCAUGUCACUAGAAACCCUGCUGGAGACCAGGUCUCAGCAUCACAAUUAGGGAGCGACUCUGGGACUGGGUUAGGAUAGCGUGGAGGGCUCGUUCCCCUUCCCUUUGUACACGAAGUACACGUAAAUACACAUCCGUGUUAAUAAGAAACAGAUUUAUUAAAGUUCCAGAGCUAUGUGGUUAGCAUUUAAGAAUACCUUUUUGUUAAUUCUGAUGUACAGUAGCUGUGCCUAGAGCGACCAAGCAAGUAUAUCGGUCUCGUGCCAAGAAGAAACUUUUCCUGUAGCUGUAAUUCACGUGCUGGUAGUUGCAAAGCUUUGCAAGUCCUGUCCUUAGAGUUUUGAAUCUCCCGUCUCUCUCUCACACACGUUUAAGUUUGAAUCCAUUUCUCUGUGAUAAAGUGUUAGCUUUGAGGCUCAUUCUUUGCAUUUCUGAAUGUAGAGGAAGAGUUAGCAUCAGCAGCUGGACUCCACUCUGUCGCCUUGUGUUGUUGCCUGCAUCAUCCUGGCUUGUAGCUUUGUUGAGGCUCUCACCUUCUAACCGGGCUCUCCAGGGCUUGUUUCUAGAGGAGGGAUUGUUCCUCCAAAGAUGCGGGGCGCUCUGCUGCUCCUCCGGUGCAUUUUCCUGCAGUUAGUGGCUGGAAAGCCCGCAGUGAGGGGAGGGAGACGGCCUCGUGGGUUCCGAAAGCUCCGUGUCACCUUCGCAUCCUCCCGAAGGGGGUGAGCUGAGGGGGCACUGACUCGUGCAGAAGCUUGAACGAACUGCCAAAGAUACGAUGAUAUGCAAAGACCCCGCUACCUUCUUCCAGAUCUCUCUGGUGCAGCCUCCUCUCUCCUCUUCGGAGCAGAGCGCAGGCGUGCUGCGUGGCUUCGGGCUGGUCGCUCUCUCCUGGUUGUGUUUUCUUGGUUGGCUUUCGGGGGAGGCUUCGUUUUCCUUGCAGCUACCAAUUGGUGCCUACAGGUGGAUCCUGUGGAGGGCUUGGGAGGAAACUAGGAUGCUGUAGCCCCAUGCUGACUGCUUGCUGUUAAUUGUAUGGAAAUGGCUGACAGGUUUGUCUGUAUUUGGGGUUUGGAUAUUAAGGGUCGCUGUUACCUGAAGCCUCCCUUUGAGAAUCCGCUUGCUGGGAGAAACGAGUAUAAUGUGAGAAACCACCCGUAUGCAAGAGGCACUGCGGGGUUUGGAUCGCCAGCCCCGUGCACGUGUGGUUUGGUGAAGACCUGGGUUUAUUUCAGGUUGUUUGAGGUACGGAUCCGGACGGAGCUGCUCAGGAAUGCAGCCGCGGAGGGUGGCGCUGCGCUGCGUAGUGCCACCGCAGUCUGGUUCUUGUCCUGCAACAUCCUUCUGCCCAGGUUCAGUCGUGUCGUAGCAUCCAGCCCAGGGAGUGGUUUGCAUUGCUGCAGUGGUGCUGGGCAGGUGGAUUUCUGGGAGCAGGUGGAGCUCACCAACAGCGUGGCACGCUCCGAAGACGUGGAUGCAUGCCUGACCAGUGCAUCUCCUGCAAUGCUGCCGCUUCUGAAAGCGUCUAAAACACCAGGGACUGCAGUUUCUCCCAUGGUCGAGGUGAUUCCUUAUCUUUAUGAGCUCCUUUUGUCAGCUGGGUGGGUGGGGAAGUAAGACCUGAGCCUGCACGCUACAGCUGGCACUGCGACCUCUGCCUCGUGUCAGCUGGGAGCCCUUUGAGCCCUCAGCUACCCCUGCUCUAGCUUUCUGCUCCCAGGCACGAAUUCUUCCCCUGCAUAGAGUGGCUGCCACACCUGUGCUGCUCCUGCUGAGGCUGAGUUUUCCUUUCCUUGAAACAAGCUCGCAUGCACCCCACGUAGUCCCGUGCUUUCCCGCUCAGGAGGCACACUUGUUCUGCGCAGAUUCGAAUCCACUCACAAGCGAUUUUGGUCCGUGGUGGCCUUGUGACAAGGGUCACCGACUCCAGGGUGUGAAGAGAGGCAGAGCCCGAUCUGAGAUGCUGCUGAAAUCCGCAUCCUCUCGCUGCUCACCCCGCAGCCGUUCCCCAGGUAGCCGAGCUAAGUGCUCUCGUCGUGGGGUGACCUCUCCGAAAUGACCGUGCAGGGCUCUGGAGGCGCUGGAGGUUGGGUUCUGACCCUUGCUGUGACAGUGGGACAACCUUUAGGUUGGUGAUUGCUCUACCUCGCUGGGUUUUUCCUCUAGUAAAAGCUUUCACUGGGGCCGAAGGUGGUUUUCUCUCCUCUCUUGGAGCGUAGUGGUGCUGCGGGCCCUCACAUUGCUCUUGCUGUCAGGUUUCCAGCUUUAAACGAGGUGGGUUUGAAAUAUUCAGCAAAACUCCUUCCGGGUGACUUCAGGGCACUGUGAUUGUAUGGGUUUCUGUAGGAUUGAGGCAUUCAAACUCACAGAGACUUAGCGUCAGGUACAUGAAAUAAAUAGCAUGAAUUUUCAGGAGAGCUGAAUACCAAGAGUUUGAGCGUGUGGCAGCUGGGGUGAGCCGAGCCAGGUGAGUUACACGUGCACACCUCAGGCCUGGUAGGGAUAGGAGGAAAUCGUGACUGCGUUGAGACUGGUGAACCAGUACAGAGGCAGCAUCACCCCAGUGAGGUCGCUGUUCCUGACCGGGGGGAGACGGGGCCGGCACCCACUGGUAGGUGACGGCGUGGGGAAGGAGGUGCAGCUGGCUCUGGCCUGACUGACACCCACCUGCCCUGAGGAGGGGGACAGAGCUUCCUUCCCCGCCUGCUCCUCCAGAAAG